UCACUGGUUUGUUAAGGUACUCACUACACUAAAGCUUUAUGACACUAUGUUACAAGAUGGUGAUUUAAAUGUUUUGGGAAAGUAUUUGUAUUGAUCGAUUUAUUCGUCUAUAACACCAUAGCUAAGUGGUUAAUUAAUAAAGCAUUGGGCAAAAGAGAGAGAGAGAGAGAGAGAGAGAGAGAGAGAGAGAGAGAGAGAGCAUUGGGCUGGUGAACUACAGAUCUUGAGCUCAAAUCCACCAGUCUUUUGUUCAUGUGUUGAAAUAAUAUUUUUGAAAAUCAUGUUUUUAUCCAAAUUUGCAUUUUUUGCUGUUUUUGGCAUACACACUUAUUGUAUAUCAUCAGAUCUUUUUAAAAUAUUAAAUCUAUUUGUACUGAUUUGAGAAACUAUUUCCCGGUGUAGUGAGCCACCUUAAAUGUAAACAUAAAAAGACUCCAGUCUUUGUUUACAUAACACAGAAUGAAGGCUAAAAUAUUGCUUUUAUUCCUGCAUCCAGAAGGUUAAAAUUUUGGCUGUGAACACAGAUUCAGUUAUACUUUUCAUGUUUAACAUUUAAAAAAAUGAAAACAAAAUUAAAAAAAACAAACAAAAAAAACGUAAACGUCCUGUUUGAGAAUUUUUCACUUGUAUGGAGACGUCACCAUUGCCAGUGAAGGGCUGCAACAUUUAGGUCUAUGCUCGGUGCUUAUGCCCCUUUGAGCAGGGGUGGAUUAAUAUUGUGUCACACAUUUAGGUAAUGUCAUAUAACUGUAAACAAUGUCUCUAGAGGAUUUGGGUGUUGCUCAACCGGAAAUGUAAUAAAUGAAUGCAUAAGAUUGGAUCAUACUUCUUUUUGGACUAGAACAUCCAGGACUGAACUUUCUUAGGGUCGAGAUGUCUGUUAACCGUUUAUUCGUAUUUACCUGUCAAAGUCUUUUUGACGCUUCAGGUAUAGGAGAAAGUACUUUGACUUCAGAAUGAAUGUGAUUGUCAGAGGGAGAAUGAUGGACCGAAGCAUGCAUUUUGUAAAAUGAUUCUUGUGUUGUUAAAUCUUCGAGAAUCUUGUUGGAGAUGUCUGAUUCGGUUCACGAAACAACUUAGCAUCAUCUAGCAGUAACAGAUUUCACCCUCGACCGAUUUCCCGUCCAACUACACCCAGAUUUAGGACAAAUUCAAUGACAUCAGCUUAAUGUUUACACUUUGCAUCUGAGCAGAUGUCCAGACGGGACGUAAAGUUUGCCCAGCACUAUGUGGAGUGUACACAGUGUGAGGCGAACGCUGAACAUUACUGUAACACCUGUACCGACAACCUGUGUCAGGUAUGCCGGGACCGUCACACCAAGAGCAACGCCACCAGAUCCCACGUCAUCGUCCCCUACCAGGAGAGGCCGACGAUAUCUCCAAACACCGAAUCCUGUCACCUCCAUCCAGAAUUCUCUUAUGACAUGGCGUGUCAGGAAUGCAAGCUUCCGGUCUGCUUCAGAUGUAUGAAAGAAAACCAUAAAGGCCACACAUUCAAAAACAUUGAGGACACAUUGAAAGACACCGAGAAACCCUGCAGAGACAAGAUUCAAAACGCUAAGAAGAAUAUCCUCCCAAAGCUGCGCGACCACUUAAAGAAAUUAUCUGACCAGAGAACAAAGUCCAAGGAGAAAAGAACCGACAUAAGGAGACGACUGCGAGAAGAUGCAAAACAGAUUAAGGAUUUAGUAGACACCAUUCUCCAGGAGAAACUCGGAGAUCUUGAUAACAGCGACAAAUCCCUGGAUGAGGAAUUCGAAAAUCAAACAGCCAUUAUAUCUCGUUUUAUAUCCAACUAUGAAGAUUUCAUUGAUGGAUUUGACGAUGAAGAAAAACAACCGUACGAGAAGCUAGCACUGCGAAAUGAAAUACUCCAGUCUGAAGUUACAGAGCCUGAAUUACCAAGCCUAGAAAAUCCUCAGUACCAACCAGAAAUCAUCAACAAGGACGGGGUCAUGAAGCUGUUUGGAAAACUAAGUAUGCCGAAGAAAUCUACGGCUGAAAAACCAAAAGUAGAAAUUUCGAAAAAACUUGACAUGCCAAAAGAUAUUUCUAUCGGUUCUCCUGUAAAAUGUUUGAGAUUCGAUAUGCCCGCUAAGGAUUUACGUCAGAUUUCCUGUGUAUCUGUAGACAAAGUUUGGGUUGGAGAUAACGAAGGCCAGAUCAUGCUCAUGGAAAAGACUGGAAACAAACUGGACGAGAUUAAAACAGAUUCGUCCUCAAUGUGGGGUUAUCAUGCAGUAACUUACGAUGGUGAUCUGCUGUACAUCGACAAAUCAAACAACAGCAUCAAGAAAUACACAUCAGACAGGAAGCUUAAGACCACAACUGUAAUCACAACCACGGGAAAAUGGUGGCCUCUCUGUGUGUACUCCUCCCACAGGACCGGCGACAUACUGGUGGGGAUGAUAAAAGAUAACAACAACAAGAGAGUGGUCCGAUACAACAAGGAGGGACGUGAGCUGUGGCAGAGUCAGUACGACGCCCAGGGUCAGCCUCUUUAUGAUUAUCCUAAAUAUAUAACGGAGAACGUGAACGGCGACAUCUGCACGUCAGACGGUGGUUCUAAUGAAGCCGUGGUGGUGGUGGACAGGGACGGAAAUCACCGGUUCUCCUACAGAGGGCGUCAGGACGAAUCAAAAUUCAAUCCUUAUGGAAUCUGUACCGACGUCCACGGGCGGAUCCUAGUGAUAGUGAAACAAGCCAGCGUUCAUAUGAUUGAUCAGAACGGAGAGUUUAUCACCGUCCUACUGACCAGGGAUCACGGAAUAUUUAAUGACUCUGGACUGUGUACAGACAGCGACAAUAAUAUCUGGCUUUGUGGAGAUAAUGGAGUGAAAAUGUACAAGUAUUUGAAUUAGUCGUGAAGUCACUGUGUCGGCUACUGUCCUUGUUUCAAUGUUGAUUUACAUGUAAGUAACAGUGCGUGGAUUUACAUAUGAUAAGAAUUGAAAGAUUACACCAUUUGCUUCCUCUAAGAAAUACGAAUUCUGGAAAUCCGCACAGGGAAAAAUUACACAAUUCCAAGUUUUAAAACAAACAGACGGAAAAGAGUUGUAUUGGCCGGGUUGCACAACGUGCAAAUGGCUGAUAGAAUGGUGGGCGGGCGGGCGUCCCUGUAAUAGGGUACCUACUCCUUUCACACUUCUAACUUCACGCUCUUCAAACUUGGUACAGUUGUUAUAGAUACAUUGAAGAUGCGCAUGUGCCUUUUUGAAAGUGAUCAGACAUUUUUCAAAAAAAAAAUACCUGUAGUUAAACUUUGUCAUUUUAAGCAUGUCUUGAAUAGACGGUAUCUAUUUUUGUAAUCAACUCCUCUUACAGCAUUUAUUUGACAUUCUACAGACCUUGUACAGCUGUUAUGGAAGCAUUGCAGAUGUGCAUGCGUCAUUUUGGAAGUGAUUGGACAUUCUUCGAAAAAAAUACAUGUACAUGAUGUAGUUGAACUUUGUCAUUUUUUAAGCAUGGUACCUACUUUGUGUAAUCAACUCCUCUCACAGCUUUUUCUUGACAUCAGACCUUGUACAUUAUAGUUGUUAUUAAAAUAUUGAAGAUAUACAUGUGGCAUUUUGAAAGUGCUUCUAUUUUUUUGUUUUAAUUUUACCAGUAUGUUUUGUUUUGCUUCAUGUAUCUCUAUGAUUUAUAACAUAUUUUAAAGCAACCCGGCCAUUUCUGUUCUUGAAUUGAUUUUCUCUUGAUUUGUUAGAAAACCUUGCAACUAGUACAGUUGCGAUAGAAUAUUGACCUUUGCUAGAAACAAUACAUUCAAUAUUAAUUUCAUUCAAGUCAUCUUUUUCAUAUUGUAGAAUUUUGAUUAUGAGAGUUCAAUAAACUACAUAAUUUUAUUCAUA